GUCGUCUGUCCUGAACUUCAAUAUUUCAAGAUUGCUUUGCAGCUCGCUUUAGUCUGCACGUCGUUGUGUGGGUAUGGUAGGUCUGGUGACAGGAGGGGCCUCUGGUUUGGGCAGAGCCACUGUGGAGCGGCUCAUCAGUCAGGGGGCCAGCGCUGUGAUCCUGGACCUGCCCAGCUCAGAUGGACACAAGGUGGCUGCUGCUCUCGGAGACCAUUGUGCAUUUGCACCUACUGAUGUCACGUCGGAGUCAGAUGUGAGAUCGGCUGUGGAUUUGGCCAAGGAGAAGUUUGGCAAAGUGGACUUGGCGGUGAACUGUGCUGGGAUAGCUGUGGCUGUGAAAACAUACAACUUUAAGAAGGACCUUCCUCACAGUCUGGAGGACUUCACUCGUGUUAUCACUGUGAACAUCGCUGGGACUUUUAAUGUGAUCAGACUGGCUGUAGGGGAGAUGGGAAAGAAUGAGCCUGAUGCAGAUGGACACAGAGGCUGUAUCAUCAACACAGCCAGUGUUGCUGCUUAUGAUGGACAGGUGGGUCAAGCUGCGUACUCUGCAUCUAAAGGUGGGAUUGUGGGUAUGACACUUCCUAUUGCUCGAGACCUUGCACCAAUGGGGAUCCGUGUGGUCACCAUUGCCCCAGGUCUGUUCUCCACCCCACUUCUAGCAGGAUUACCUGAGAAAGUGCAAAGCUUCCUGGCCAGACAGGUGCCCUUCCCGUCACGUCUGGGAGAUCCAGCUGAGUUUGCACACCUUGUGACUGCAAUAGCAGAAAACCCCAUGAUCAAUGGCGAGGUGAUUCGCUUGGACGGAGCCAUCCGCAUGCAACCCUGAAAGAAAAAAGAAAACAGAGCGGAGAAACUCCAGUUGAAAUAUCCAAAACUGGUCUGUGACUGAAGAACUAACUAAGCAUUUUCAGCAUAAAGUUAAGAUACUUUGUAUCUCAGAGGAAGUGCUACCACUCCCAUGAGUGGAAAUCUUGUAGAGUCUGUCUUGUAUUUAUAUACUGACUGCACUUCUGUGCCUCUGAGGUACUAAUGACUGAAGUGUCUCCAUAGUAAAUGCA